CUUCACCGGUGCGUUAAACCCUUUUCCGUUCUCAUUCCCUCUCUUCUCCGCAUCUCUCACUCUCUCUGUGUAUGUGUGAUGUCAUCGAUUGUGAAUCGAGCUAGUUCAGCUUCUCUUCCUAAUUUCCUCGCAUGGCGUGCUCUGGGGUUUCGCACCAUCUGCUCCGGCCGCCUUGGUUUCGCUCCGUCUGUUCCAGACUCGCCGGUCUCCGCAGGAACCAAAAUUUUGGAAUCAUUUAAGGAGGAAUUCGAAGUCGGAUCCCGCGUGGUCUCGUUUGAGACUGGAAAAAUCGCUCGCUUUGCUAAUGGUUCAGUUGUUCUCGGCAUGGACGAGACCAAAGUUCUCUCUACUGUUACUUGUGCUAAGACCGACUCGCCUCGGGACUUCUUACCUCUCACUGUUGACUAUCAAGAGAAGCAAUACGCUCAGGGAUUGAUUCCAAAUACGUAUAUGCGAAGAGAGGGUGCACCAAAGGAGCGGGAGCUGUUAUGUGGCCGGCUCAUUGAUAGACCAAUCAGACCAUUGUUUCCUACAGGGUUUUACCAUGAAGUUCAGAUAAUGGCAAGUGUUCUAUCGUCAGAUGGGAAGCAGGAUCCAGAUAUACUGGCAGCUAAUGCAUCAUCAGCUGCGCUCAUGCUAUCAGAUGUUCCAUGGGGAGGGCCCAUUGGAGUCAUCCGGAUAGGAAGGAUAUGUGGGCAAUUUGUUGUCAAUCCAACUAUGGAUGAGCUUAGCUCAAGUGAUCUCAAUUUGAUAUACGCUUGCACAAGGGAUAAGACUAUGAUGAUUGAUGUUCAAUCCCGAGAAAUCUCAGAGAAAGAUUUAGCAGCUGCUCUGAGGCUAGCUCAUCCAGAGGCUGUCAAGUACCUUGAUCCCCAAAUUAGAUUGGCAGAAAAAGCUGGGAAACAAAAGAAGGAGUACAAAUUGUCCAUGCUUUCUGAUAAAACUUUAGAAAAAGUGGCUGACUUGGCUGCAACGCGUAUUGAAUCCGUCUUUACCGACCCUUCAUAUGGAAAGUUUGAACGUGGAGAGGCUCUAGAUAACAUUGGAAAAGAUGUAAGAAAGGUAUUUGAAGAAGAGGGUGAUCAAGAAAGCUUGAGCAUCCUUCCAAAGGCUGUUGAUACAGUGAGAAAGAAGGUAGUCCGUUCAAGGAUGAUAUCAGAUGGAUUUCGAGUCGACGGGAGACAUGUUGAUGAAGUUAGGCCCAUCUACUGCGAAUCGCAUUACUUACCUGCGCUGCAUGGAUCAGCACUUUUCUCACGUGGAGAUACGCAGGUGCUCUGUACUGUAACACUUGGAGCCCCAGCAGAAGCACAAAGCUUGGAUUCUCUUGUUGGCCCCCCGAAGAAGAGAUUCAUGCUUCACUACAGCUUUCCUCCAUAUUGUACAAAUGAAGUCGGAAAACGAGGAGGCCUUAACAGGCGUGAAGUUGGUCAUGGAACACUUGCUGAGAAAGCAUUGCUUGCUGUAUUGCCCCCUGAAGAGGCUUUUCCUUAUACCAUUCGUAUAAAUUCAGAAGUAAUGUCCUCAGAUGGAUCCACGUCGAUGGCAAGCGUUUGUGGAGGUAGUAUGGCAUUGAUGGAUGCUGGAAUUCCUCUGCGAGCUCAUGUUGCGGGUGUAUCUGUUGGUCUUAUCACCGAUGUAGAUCCAUCAAGUGGUGAAAUAAAGGACUACCGUAUUGUAACCGAUAUUCUCGGUUUGGAAGAUCAUCUUGGAGAUAUGGAUUUCAAGAUUGCUGGCACACGAGAUGGUGUGACAGCAAUUCAGCUGGAUAUAAAGCCAGCUGGAAUACCGUUGGAUAUAGUUUGUGAAUCCUUAGAAAAUGCACGUGAAGCCCGUCUUCAGAUUCUUGACCACAUGGAGAGAAACAUAAAUUCCCCACGAGGCCAGGAUGGGGCUUACUCUCCUCGGCUAGCAACGCUCAAGUACUCCAAUGACUCACUUCGUACCUUGAUCGGACCUAUGGGUGUACUCAAAAGAAAGAUUGAAGUGGAAACAGGUGCAAGAUUGUCUAUUGAUAAUGGAACAUUAACUAUUGUUGCCAAGAAUCAGGAUGUGAUGGAAAAGGCCCAAGAACAAGUUGACUUCAUCAUUGGUCGUGAACUAGUUGUUGGUGGUGUGUACAAAGGCACAGUGUCAUCUAUAAAAGAGUAUGGUGCAUUUGUUGAGUUCCCUGGUGGUCAGCAAGGUCUACUACAUAUGUCUGAGCUAUCCCAUGAACCAGUCUCCAAGGUUUCAGAUGUAUUAGAUAUUGGCCAGUGCAUCACUACGAUGUGCAUUGAAACCGAUGUCCGUGGUAACAUUAAAUUAUCCCGCAAAGCACUGUUGCCCAAACCCAAACGCAAACCCGCAUCUGAUGCUGGAAAAGAUCCGGUGAUGAAAGAGUCGUCAACAGUCUACAUAGAAAAUUCUAGUGUUGGAGAGAUUGUUGCAAGCAUGCCCAGUAUCGUAACGCCACUUCAGAAAUCUAGAUUAUCAGUUCCUGCAGUUGUCAUCCGUACUGCUGUGGAGUGUAAUGAGGCAGAGAAAUCUUCCCCUGUGAACGACAACGACAAACCCAGACGCGCUGCUACAUCAAAGCCAGACCGGAAACCCAAAUCCACAGCCUCUAAACUGAUUGCGACACAGAAGGAAGAGGAGGCACUCGAAUCCAUUGCUCCAGAAGAAACUUCAGCUGAAUGUGGUGAGAUACUGAAGCAGGACGGGAAGCUAAAAUCCGUUUCUCCCAAAAACAAUAGCACUGCUUCUAACCUAGUAUCAUUUUCAAAAGCUAAGAAAUCAACUAUGAAGGAGAAUCUAUCAGAGAACAAGGCUGAAGAGAGUGCAUCGGUUAGUACCCGAAAACUGAAAAUAGGAACGGAGAUGACAGCCACGGUCGACCAUGUUCGAGCCCUUGGAUUGGUUCUUGAUUUAGGUGGUGAAAUCCGCGGUAUGUACAUAUUCCAGGGAGAUAAAGAUAAGUUCAAAAAAGGAGACACAUUGCGAGUGAAAUGUACAAGUUUUAACACCAAAGGAGUCCCUGUGAUGGCUUUGGUUGACGAAGAGGGAGAAGAAUAGUGGUAAACUCUCUUUCCUUUCUACAAGGUUUUUUCAACCCAAGGGAUCAUGUGGAGUCGAUCAUAUGGAUCAUACGAGAGUUUUGCUUGAAAUGUUUUUAUCAUACGGAUCGAAUCAAGAGAUGCUCGUUAGCUGCUUUUGGUGAGCAAAUCUUGGUAGAUGGAUAGAUUCAUUGGCGUCACAACUUGAGGAAAGCUAAUGAACUCGGUUAGGUAACUAGUCUUUUACUUUGGCCUUGUGAUGUGCCAUUUUGUUUCUCUUUUAUUGGGGGGGUUUUGUGGAACCGAAAGUGGAUUGUAUUGUUUAGUGUCUUAGUAACUGACGUCUGAAAGGUGCGUAACGCAAGUUUCAUCAUUUUUGUCCAAUUUUUACAAAAAUACAAAAGCACCAAAAACCCAAGUCGGC